AUGCCCCAGGCAGGUCUGGGGACUGUUCACUGUCUUCUUGCGGUCCUUAUUUUUCGCUUCUGGCAGGAGAUGGACGAUGACGGCUUCGCAGAGCUCGAGGAGGCGCUCACGCGCUACUCCCAGGAGAUGCACGAGUAUACUUUGCAGAUGUGGACAGACUCCCGGCGUGCGGCGGAGGAGAAAGGGGUUGCGACAACCGCAGGUAGAAAGAAGAAGGUUGUGAGGACACAGGAGGAAACGCAUAAGGGUAAACGAGAGGAGGACAAGCCGCUGCGGUUGAAGGCGUCAUUUUCGACGGAAAGCUCAGUUGGAAAAUCGUCGAGUUGA